GCCUGUGGCUGCGUGCUGGCCGCUGGAACUACGGAGAGGAACGUGUCCGCUUCGGUGUCUCCCGCGCCGGUUCGGCGCAUCGAGCCCGGAGACUGGGAAAGGAAGAGCUAGAGUAAGUGCUCCCCUUGGCACGAGUUGGAGGUAGAGUAUUUCCUUCCCGCCAGGCAAGUGCUCAUAGGAAGCGGACCCCGCCCCCUUCCCGGUCUAGGCUCCCUUGCCCCUUCCCCGGCCCCUUUCCUGGUGCGGAACCCAUCAGUUUCUAUUGUUCUGUCAGUGAGCCCCUGCCAAGGCCAUGAAGCUCGUGAGGAAGGACAUUGAGAAGGACAAUGCGGGCCAGGUGACCCUGGUCCCCGAGGAGCCUGAGGACAUGUGGCACACCUACAAUCUAGUGCAGGUGGGCGACAGCUUGCGCGCCUCCACAAUCCGCAAGGUACAGACCGAGUCUUCCACAGGCAGCGUGGGAAGCAACCGGGUCCGCACUACCCUCACUCUCUGCGUGGAAGCCAUCGACUUCGACUCACAAGCCUGUCAGCUGCGGGUCAAGGGGACCAAUAUCCAAGAGAACGAGUAUGUGAAGAUGGGGGCUUACCACACUAUCGAGCUGGAACCCAACCGCCAAUUCACCUUGGCCAAGAAACAAUGGGACAGUGUGGUUCUGGAGCGCAUCGAGCAGGCCUGUGACCCAGCCUGGAGCGCUGAUGUGGCAGCUGUAGUGAUGCAGGAAGGCCUCGCCCAUAUCUGCCUAGUCACUCCCAGCAUGACCCUCACUCGGGCCAAGGUGGAGGUGAACAUCCCUAGGAAACGGAAAGGCAACUGCUCCCAACAUGACCGGGCCUUGGAGAGGUUCUACGACCAGGUGAUCCAGGCCAUCCAGCGCCACAUACACUUUGAUGUUGUAAAGUGCAUCCUGGUGGCCAGCCCAGGAUUUGUGAGGGAGCAGUUCUGCGACUACAUGUUUCAGCAAGCUGUGAAGACUGACAACAAAGUACUCUUGGAAAACCGGUCCAAAUUCCUUCAGGUUCAUGCCUCCUCUGGACACAAGUACUCCCUGAAAGAAGCCCUUUGUGACCCUACUGUAGCUAGCCGCCUUUCAGACACUAAAGCUGCUGGGGAAGUAAAAGCCUUGGAUGACUUCUAUAAAAUGUUGCAACAUGAACCUGACCGAGCUUUCUACGGACUCAAGCAGGUGGAGAAGGCCAACGAAGCCAUGGCAAUUGACACGUUACUCAUCAGUGAUGAGCUUUUCAGGCAUCAGGAUGUAGCCACACGGAGCCGGUAUGUGAGGCUGGUGGACAGUGUGAAAGAAAAUGCAGGCACGGUUAGAAUAUUCUCUAGUCUUCAUGUGUCUGGAGAACAGCUCAGCCAAUUGACUGGAGUAGCUGCCAUUCUCCGCUUCCCUGUCCCUGAACUCUCUGACCAAGAGGAUGAUUCCAGUUCUGAAGAGGAUUGAUGAUUGAAACUUAAAAUUGAGACAACCUUGUGUCUCACUCCUUCACUGUUUCUCAGCAUCCUUGUGACAGAAAGCUGCAAGAAUGGCAUUUUUUAAUUUAUACAGGGAUUUCUCAUGUAUUUGGUCACACUAGGUGUUUUGUGCUUGCUAGGACAUUUAUUCAAACUAAACAAUAAAGCAAAGGGAACUAGUCUCCAUGUACUCCCAUCUUUAUUAAUUAGGUUAAUUUUAUGCAGGAAUUAUGAGUUAUUUGUAGUACUUAGAAAAAAUUUGUGUCUACAAUAAGAAUCUCUGUAUUGUUUGGGAUAAAUCUUAAAAUCUCAUACUGCAUGCUUUGAAAUGGUUUUCUUUAGAAAAAUCUUUUAGUAUUUCGUCCUCAGUUUACACUGUUUAUUUUAAUUCUGCCUGGUGUUCUUGCAUUGCAUUUAAUGAUCCUUUUUCUCCCCACCGCUACCACACACUUCUUUUUUUUUUUUUAAGAUUUAAACGUAUUUGCUAUUUGAAAGGGUAGCCAAAUAAUUAGACUUGAGACAAGUUAAAAAUGAUAUUUUUCUUAAAAGAUUUGUUAAAUCAGUCAUUUCAAAUGUAAACUUGCUGUAUUUUUUGUUUUUGUUAGAAUUAAUCAUAUUUGCUUUAAAGGACCACUUAAUCAGUUAUUUUUAAAUAGAGCUUUGAUCUGCUUAGGGAUUCUCAAGAUAAUCUCUUUGAGGCCUCUUUAUCUUUAAAAUGAGACUAAAGUAAACUGACCUGUUUGCUCAGUUUGGUUAGAACACAGUGCUGAUAACACCAAGGUCUGGAGUGUGGAAAAAAUCCUGUUCAAAAAGUUUAAGUCACACCAUUAGUGUGUGGCAGUUGACUUGUACUCCAAUACUCUUUACUAUAAAUAAUUAGAGAAUUUCUGCAGCCUUGGAGUUUCAAAUAUUCUUUUUGUUGAGUAUUUUUGAUGUGCAUUUCUGAGAAUUAGGGAGGGAGCCUUGGGAAUGGCAUUGCAUCGUGACCUUUUACAAACCUCAACUUAGCAAAGUAGGAAAGAUCUUAUAAAGAGUGAUAAUUCAGUUUGUAAUUCCUGGAUCAGUGAUGCCUACUUCAAGUAGGGAUACUAAGUAAACUUUUGCCUGUCUUUUCUGUAUUUAUGAGCCUUUCUAAUGGCAUACAGGUUUGGAGAUUUUUUAAAUAAACUUCUUCACUAGUCUGAACCUUUUAUCUGUUGUUAGGAACUGACACUUUUAUAUACUUUAAAGUGACAUAUUUUUAUGUAUCUACCUCCUAAUCUAAAAAUAAUUCAGAUUGUCAUUUCAUUAUAAAUCCAUGAAUAUUUAACUUUAAAAUAUCAUUAAAAGUAUGUUAUAAGUAAUUUAGUAGGAAUGUAGAAAUGAAGCCACCAAGAUCCUUAAUCAGGUUCUAACCUGAUUUAUGAUGAAAUACAUUCUCAGUAAGAAUUUGGAAGUAUUUGUACAUCCGUUACUCUCAAUCUAUGCAGUACUGAGAUGAAACUUAGUAAAUGUAGUCAGUACAUAGGCCAUAGGUUCUCAAAUUUAGCUGCCUGCUGUCCUCACCUUGAGAGCUCUUAAAACUCAACAAUGGCCAGACUUUACUCCAGGCUAAUUAAAUAACCUUUCAUCCCUAGAAAUGCUGUUUUUUAAAAAGCUACCCAGGUGAUUCCAAUAGGCAUCAAGGCUGAAAACCACUGAUUCAGGUCUUGUUAUUGAAAAGGAUGGUCCAUGGACCAGCAGUCUCUCUCAGAGCUUGUUAGAAACUAGAAUCCAAGGUCCACUCUAGAACUGAUGAGUGAUAAUCUGCUUGUACCAACAUCCCCAGGUGUGCCAUGCAUAAUAAAAAUCUGAUAAACAUAGGCAAUAGCUUAUUUUCCCUGUCCUGGUAAAUUUCUGCGUGGGGUCACCAUCUAUAGAAAAAAGAUUUGAGUUUUAAGGCCUUUCAAAAGUGUUAACUGGCCGUACUCAACUAUCUAUAAAAGCUCUCUCAAUAAAAGCCACUUUCAUGUCUAUGAAAUACUUAAUUUAAAAAAAAACUGUAAUUUUUCUUUUUAAAAAGUAACAUUUUCUAUCAUUACCAAGAAUAUACUUCUUACUAGGUCCCAGGUGGAAAUAUUGAAAAAGUGAUAGGAGCAAAGAAGGUAAAAAAUUAAUUCUAAUCAUUUUUGACUAUUUUCUACAAAACAAAAUGACCUGUCUUUGGAAAUCAUACAUAGUAGUCUAAUUCCAACUGUUAUUCAUUAAUUUUAAGGAAUGAAUUUGUGAUAAAACACUAUCAGUAACAUCUUCUCUAGUGAAAGGUUCUGCUAUAAAUAUCCAUUUCUCAUCAGAUGCUUGUUAUAAACAUUUGCUACCCCCCUAGACUCAAUAAGUGAGAGGUUUGCAAAUUGUUAUAUUUUGCUAUAGAUAUGUACAUACCAAAUUACAUUUUGCUAUUUCUGACCCCCCAUUUAUAUAUUAAAUACGUUGUUAAUUUUACGACUGGAUUACUAAUCCUGGGUUUCACUUUCAUUACCUCUUUCUAAAUAGGUUGGCUCUUUCUCCUCCCAGAUGUGACUAAAGUAGCUUUGUAAAGCUAAUUUUCCUUUAUCUCUACUUACUUUGUCACUAACUAGUUUCCUUUUUCAGUCCCUAUGACUAAUUCUCUCAACCUCAAAUUAUCUUCAACAGAAGUGACUCAUAAUUUCUGCAAUUCAUAUAUUCUGGAACUGAAAUUCUCUUUGUUGCUGAAAAACAAGUAUACAGAUGAAACAAUGUAUACAUGAAUCCCCCAUAAUAGAAGCUCUUAGUUGCUUAUAAAUCAUGGUUUUCCAAGUAAGAAAGCCUGGCUAUCUGUGUUUAGUAUUAGAAUAUGUUGAAUUACAAGUUGAAGAGGGGUUUUGAAGGUGAUUCUGAGGGUGUGAGGUGGGAGGAACUCCUCUAACUGGGGCUGGAGCUUAGGUAUGGGGUGUCCAUAUUUACAUGAAUCACUGAGAGUAACACAUUUAAAUUUUUUGUGCCUACUUUGGACCAAUCACUGGGCCGGGUUUGGGAAAGACAAAAAUGUAAAGAAAUUAUUGUUGUAAGUAACUUGUACUAAGUGUGUAAACAAGCACAGUGUUGAAAUGGGUUACUUUUAGAAGGAGCUUUAUAGAGCAAGGGCCAGUAAAUUUACCUCAAAUGGUGAAAAGAAACCUGGUGAGGUUAAGUGGGAAGACACGUGGUGGGCCGGUGUGCUAAUCACCUAAGACCCUCCAUGCCACAGUAAGGAGUUUGACCAUAAUGAGAAAAAACUGCAAAGUUUAAGCAAGAGAUAUCAGUUCGGUAGCAUCAAGGAUGGAUUGGAGGAAUCAAGAUUAGAGGCAGGAGGAAAAGUUAAGAGAAUGCAUAUUAGAAAAAUCCAAGAGAAAAACGAUAAUGGCCCGAACAAAAGCAGUAACAGGAUUUCUUGCAAUAGGAAUGAAAAGAAGGCAAUAGGAGAUAUUAAGAGGUAAGAUCAAAAGGACUUGGGCUGCAGAUUGUUGUUCAGUUAUGGAAAGAGUAGAGUCUAACGGUAAAUCUCAGGUUUCUUUCUUGAGUGGUAGGAGAGAUGAUGGCAUAAUUCAAAGAAACAAGAGAGAAGCUUGGAAGGAAAGACAGUAAGUUCAGCUUUGAAUCUUUGGUUUGAUGUGGCUGUGGGACGUCCAGAAUGCUUUUCCACCAGAUUUCUAUGUACUCACUUCCUUGCUCCCUUCAGGUUUUGCUCAGAUGUCACUUGCGUAAGGUCUUUCCAAACCAGCCUUUUGAAAAGAUGUAACUUGUUUAUAAAAAAAAUGUGCUAUGGAUUGGUGAUUGAAUUUACUAAAAGAUUUUUUAGGAUUCUGAUAGUGCAAACUGUAUUUCAUUAAGGCUGACCAGUUAUUGUCACUGGUCGCUUCGCCUUUGUGCUCCCUAUUCUAACAUGCUAUCUUUGAUUUCCCUCACCAGGCGUUUUCUUCACUUCUCUUUUUAUUCCCUGCAGAACCAGAAGAGCCUGAACUAUGGCAUAAAUUUUUUAAAAUUUUAUUUACUUCCUUCUUAAAGAUUUGAAAAUAUUUACUUAAAAAAAUUGAUUUUGAUCAGCCUACAAUUUUGCUGAUACACAUUUUUAAGUAAAUAAGUUCUCCAGUAGUGAAGAGCAACUUUAAAAAGAACCAUUCAGAUGAAGUUUUUUAAAUGCUCAAUAAAAGUUUUCUUCAUAUUGAUGUCAGUAUAUUUAAACUUUGUGUUGGAUUCAGUUUUAUGUAUUCUAGGAGAUUCAUUAUUUUAUAAAAGUGCUAUUCAAGAUUUUCUUAAUGCAUUAUGUAUACCGCUCAUGAAUUGUCAAUUUAGAAGUUUAGUGUAAAAGUGUUACUAAAAAGGCAAAAAUAACUUCUAAAGGAGUUAAGGUGCAAGUAUAAUAUUUUUGUGUAUCAAAGAUGCCUUGUUUAGAGAAAAUUCAAAAGUCAAUAAUGCAGCUAAUUAAGAUGUUGGAAAAUAAAAUCCAUAAUAAUCUUAAAAUUUAACAUGGGGAGCAAUCUGAGGAGUUAGUUAACAUAACUGAAGUAAUAGGUAAACUUAGAAAUAAAAAAAAAGUUGACCAAGUUCAGUAAGGAGGUAUUUAAGUUAGAAAGACCAUUAAAAAAACACUGGCAAAAGAUAUUUGUUAAGCUGAGGUGGAAAUGAUAAAAUCUCCUUUUUUUUUUUCUUUAUAUAGCAAGAAUUCUUCCUUUUUAGCAAAUGUUUGGUAUAGUACACCAUCUGUGUUAUUCAUAUUUUAGGUUCUUUAUAAAUUUCUAAGUAUAAUAAUUUGCAAGAUAGCCCAUUUAUUUUGCAGUAUUUAAUUUCUCUAUUUUAAGUAAUGUUAUUUUACAAGUAUUGUGUUGUGAUAAAUAACACUGAGAAAGAAAUUGGGAUAUUGUGAAUUUGUUCAUUUAAAUUGAGGAGAAACUAAUAAAUUGCCUUAAGGACAAUC